AUGGGACAAACUAAUUCGAUGACAAAUUUUUCACGACGCAUAGCACUUUAUACAGAUAGAAAUAAACGUAGUAAUGAAAAUAUAUUAGGCUUUGGUGAUGGAAACGAUUUGAAACGAGUAAUAACAGUAAAUGCACCACAACAGGUCAAAUAUAUUUCCAAUAGAAUCAGUACAAGCAAAUACUCAUUUUUAACAUUUUUACCAAAAUUUUUAUUUGAACAAUUUCGAAAAUAUUCCAACAUAUUUUUUCUUUGUAUUGCUAUUUUGCAACAAAUACCUGGAGUCUCACCGACUGGACGCUAUACAACAGCUGUACCUUUACUUAUGAUACUUUGUUGUGCUGCUAUCAAAGAAAUUAUUGAAGAUUUUAAACGACAUAUUCAAGACGGUGCAGUGAAUAAUCGAAGAGUAUUAAUUUAUCGUUAUGGCAAUUGGUUAUAUUCAAAGUGGAUGAAUGUGAGAGUAGGUGAUAUUAUUAAAGUAGCCGAUAAAGAAUUUUUUCCAGCUGAUCUAAUUGUAUUAUCAUCAAGUGAACCACAUUCCAUCUGUUAUAUACAUACGUCAAAUUUAGACGGCGAAACAAAUUUAAAAGUUCGACAGGGUUUACCACAAACAUCCCAUAUUAUUUCCAGUUUACAACUCAAAGCUUUACAGGGCACAAUUGAGUGUGAAUUACCAAAUCGACACCUAUAUGACUUUGCUGGUACUUUAAAACUGGCAAAUGUUGCACAUCCUAUACCAUUAGGUUCAGAUCAAAUUUUACUUCGUGGUUCACAACUCAAAAAUACAGGUUGGGUGUACGGCUUAGUUAUCUAUACUGGAAAAGAAACAAAGUUAAUGAUGAAUUCAUCUUCUGUUCCAUUUAAACGAACAAAUGUUGAACAAAUAGCUAAUAAUCAGAUACUUCUUCUACUAUUUCUUUUAUUAAUCCUAUGUUUAUUCAGUACAAUUGCGGGUGAAAUAUGGAAUUACAAGAAUCGUGUUGCUCAUUGGUAUUUGGGUCUAACACGAAUGCCUGAUAGCAGUUCUGCUGCGGUACCCAAUCAUGUUGGUUAUACAUUUCUGACAUUUUUUAUUUUAUUCAAUAAUUUGAUACCAAUAUCGUUACAAAUAACAGUUGAUUUAGUUAAAUUUAUUCAAGCUUACUUUAUCAAUUGGGACAAAGAUAUGUAUGAUGAAGAAUCAGAUAUUCCAGCAAAUGCAAGAACAUCAAAUUUAAAUGAAGAACUUGGUCAGGUUAAAUAUAUUUUCUCUGAUAAAACUGGUACAUUGACAAAAAAUGUCAUGGUUUUUAAACAAUGUUCCAUUGCUGGUAUUAUGUAUGGUUCGGGUAAUAUUGAAAAAUUUAAUCAUUUUCAAUUAAUGCAGAAUUUAACUAAUCAUGAAUCGGGUGGUGAAAUUCGAGAAUUUUUAACAUUAUUGGCCACAUGUCAUACGGUUGUUCCUGAAAAAAAAACUGAUCUUUUAGUCGAUGUGACGUAUCAAGCAUCAUCACCAGAUGAAUCUGCAUUAGUUGCAGCACUAAAAGAAAUGAAUGUUAUUUUUUUUCGUCGUACACCGGAUAAUGUUGCCAUCAGCUUUAUGGGUGAAGAAGAGAUAUAUGAAAUAUUAAAUGUUCUGGAAUUUAGCAGUGAUCGAAAGCGAAUGAGCGUUGUAGUUCGAUGUCCUGAUGGCCAGAUCAAAUUGUUCUGUAAAGGAGCCGAUAGCGUUAUAUUACAACUACUUUCUUCAGAUGAUCCUAAUAGUGGUAUAACAUCGCAACAUCUCGAAAGUUUUGCUAAAGAUGGACUUCGAACUUUAUGCGUUGCAUCUCGAGUUAUAUUAUCAGAUGAAUACAACUCAUGGAUUGAAAUUUAUCGUCAAGCAGCAACAGCAAUAAAUAAUCGAGCGGAAUUGGUUGCAGAGGCAGCUGAAAAGAUUGAAAAAAAUCUACAUUUAUUAGGUGCAACCGGAAUUGAAGAUAAACUACAAGAUCAAGUACCAGAAAGUAUAUCAAUGUUACAUAAAGCCGGAAUUAAAAUUUGGGUCUUGACUGGUGACAAAAAAGAAACAGCAGUCAAUAUUGGUUAUUCGUGUAAAUUAUUAUCGGAUCAAUUAUUGAAUUUGACACUCGAUGAAGAUUCAUUAGAAGAUACAAGACGACAAUUACAGGAUCAUUGUUCAUCGUUUGGUGAAUCACUUCGAAAAGAUAAUUUGGCUUCACUCGUUAUCGAAGGAAAGACACUGAAGUUUGCAUUGGCUCCACCAUGCAGACAAGAUUUUUUGGAUUUAGCUAUUUCAUGCAAAUCAGUUAUUUGUUGUCGUGUUAGUCCAAAACAAAAGGCUGAAGUUGUUGAACUUGUUAAACGAUCAACUGAUGCUAUAACAUUGGCUAUUGGUGAUGGAGCAAAUGACGUUGGAAUGAUUCAGACUGCGCAUGUCGGUGUUGGUAUAAUGGGACGAGAAGGUGUUCAAGCAGCAUGUGCAUCUGAUUAUUCAAUUGGACAAUUUCGUUUUCUAACCAAAUUAUUAUUUGUGCAUGGCGUAUGGAGUUAUAGACGUUUGUGUAAAGUUUUAUUAUAUUCAUUUUAUAAAAAUAUUUGUUUAUACGUAAUGGAGCUUUGGUUUGCUGUACACAAUGGAUUUUCUGGUCAAAUAUUAUUCGAAAGAUGGACAAUUGCAACAUACAAUGUUUUGUUCACAGCAGCACCUCCAAUGGCACUGGGAUUGUUAGAUCGCUGUUGUAGCGCUGAAACAAUGAUGAGAUUUCCAGCAUUAUAUAAAAUGUCACAAAAUAAGUCUGAUUUCAAUAUAAAAAUAUUCUGGACAUGGUGCCUGAAUGCUGUUUAUCAUUCAAUUAUAUUAUAUUUUAUGUCUUAUGCAAUGUUACGUCACGGAAAUAUGGCUUAUACAGCCGGAUUGGAAAGUGAUGCGUGGACACUUUUGACUCAUAUUUCAAUAUGGGGCAGUAUUGCAUCAUGGUUCCUGUUUUUAAUCAUCUACAGUAAUUUUUGGCCAACAAUACCAUUGGCACCAGAAAUGAGAGGAAUGGCAAAAUAUGUGUUUUCAAGCAUGUACUUCUGGUUUGGUCUUAUUCUGAUACCAUUCACAGCAUUGAUGGCCGAUGUUAUUUAUAAUUGUCUCCAACGAACACUAUACAAAACAUUAAUGCAAGAAGUACAAGAGAAAGAGUUGGCAAAUCAGGAUCCAUAUGAUUUAGUUAUGGCUCGACAAACGUCAACUGUUUCACGUGUUGCUGAACGUUUGGCACUGUUGAAGAGUGUAUUCGUACGAACAAGAACACCGAAAAUGUCUGGUAUUGUUGCUGGCCCUUAUCAUGGAUUUGCAUUUUCUCAAGAAGAAGACGGUGUUGUACCACAAAAUCAGCUAAUUCGAAAUUAUGAUACAAAUAUAGUAAAACCUCCCGGUUUAUAA